CGAACAACUGUUUCGGACAAUUUUUCUGCCUGGUUUACUAUUGAAAGAAAGACACGCGACUUCCUUUCCAAAAAAAAUUGCAGGUCGUUCGUUUUCAACCAAUCAGGUAUCAGCUUAUUUGUAAUGCGGAAUCAGUUUCCCCUGCGUUAACCCCAAAGCGAUCUGUGAUGAUUGGCUGUUGUGACAAAGCAGAAAAAUUGUUCCAAACAGUUGUUCUUCCGAAACAAAUUGAUGUGAUAGCAGCCAGGCCCAUAUCACAUGGCGGUUUGUUUCAGAAGGACAACUGUUUGAACAAUUUUUCUGCUUUGUCACGUGAUAUACAACAGCCAACCACCGUAGAUCACUUUGGGAUUAACAUGUAAAGGGAAAACUGGUUCUCUACUACAAACACGAAGGUUACCAAAAUUAGUUAUUUUUAGCGUAGUUGGUGACACAUUAAUUAAAUCGUCUGCUUGUGAUUCUGUGACAAUACACAGAAGCAAUUCUGGGAGAGAAGUAAACACGGCCAUCAAACGCUAUGUCGAAUUCAAAAGAACGUUCCAUUUUAGGAGCGUAUAUAUUUGCAGCUGCUUUCCUCAUCAAGAAAAAAAGAAAGGCUAAAAGAAAAACAUGGGCAAGACAAUGGCUGUUGAGACAUAAAACGCUGGGCUGCUAUGAAAAUUUAAUGCAUGAACUGGCAUUAGAGGACACUGAAGGCUAUCGAAGAUGGCUGCGGAAGGAUACUGCAACAUUUGAGGAAAUUUUAAGCCUGGUUUCACCAAUAAUAUUUAAACAAGAUACACAAAUGAGAUUAUCUAUACCAGCUGGAGAAAGGUUAUCAUUAACGAAAGAAAAAAGAAUUUUUAAUUACAGACUGUCACGAGCAAGAAAAAUUGUAGAAAAUGCAUUUGGCUUUCUAGCUGCCAGAUUUCGACUUUUCGGAACAACAAUAUUGACAUCGCCACAAAAGGCUCAAUACUUUUUUUUGGCAGCUUGCUGUCUGCACAACCUGUUGCGCAGCAAAAAAGAAACAACAAAUUUAUACACUCCUGAACAUAGUUUAGAUGCUGAGGAUUUAGAAAAUAAUUGUAUAAGAAAAGGAACAUGGAACGAAAGUACUUCUAAAUUUAUUUCAUUGCAGCGAAGUGCACGCAAUGGUUCGCAGGAGGCAAAAGAUGUCAGAGAUAGAUUUUGCAAUUAUUUUAAUGGUAUUGGAUCCAUUCCCUGGCAAGAAGCCAUGUGUGACUUACACUAAGGCAUGUUUGAAAUUAUUCUGCAUGUUCCAAUAAAAACUCAUAUAUAUCUCAA